CGAAUUUUGGAUUAGAUGAUGAUUGCGACAAAACUUAAUGACCAUUCGCUCACCUUCCGAAUAGGGAUUAGACACCUCGGCUCGUCGGUCACAGCCCCAGCGGCUCUUGGCAAGGCGGCAUCAUUCAUCCUCCACCAGCCCCCGCAAGUCAACAUGCUUUUUGUCCAAUACAGAUACAUGUCCUGAUCUGUCUACACUCACUCAACACUAUUUCAUUAUCGCGCCUCCUUUACGAGCUUCUAGAGCUCAUCUACACCCCCUUCCACAUCCCCAUCAACUUCAGUUACCAGGCAACUGCUCCUUGCCACGGAGCUCUGAGAGCUUCGUCGCUUGACGAGGCACCGAUAUGCGCCGCACACGAUGGACUGCCUCACUCCUGGCAUCGCUGGCGCUCACACGGCCAUCUGGAGCUCAAAAGACCUUCGGCAAUUACACCGUCGCCGAACCUCAAGUUUCUCUGUUCUCCAUCUACGGUGACCGCGGCGACGACUGUCCGCCUUGUUUCAACUGCAACCUCGAGGACUUCGCGUGCCAGCAGUUCGCCAACUGUAGCAAAGCUAAUGGGAAAUGCAUUUGCCCCCCCGGUUAUGGUGGGGAGGACUGUUCAGAACCACUCUGUGGCGCCCUGCCAGAUGGACGAGACCGAGCACCAAGAGGAGGGGAGGCAUCGUGCCAGUGUAAGGAGGGUUGGGAAGGCAUCAACUGCAAUGUGUGCCAGACCAAUGAUGCCUGUAAUGCUAUGAUGCCUGAGGGCGAGGGUGGUGUCUGUUUUAGAGAGGGACAGCUGGUCAAGGAGAAUUUCCAGAUGUGUGACAUUACGAACCGGAAGAUCCUAGACCAGCUAAAGGAUCAGAAACCCCAGGCAACCUUUUCCUGCAAUAAGGAGACAGAGAAGUGUAAUUUCCAGUUUUGGGUUGAUCAAAAGGAAUCAUUCUACUGCGCCCUCGAUACCUGCUCCUCGAACUUUAUUGCCGAGCCCGACCGCAACGUCACCAAGUACCGAUGUGACAAUAUCAAGUGUAAAUGCAUUCCCAACCGAAUGCUCUGCGGAGAGGAUGGCUCAGUCGACAUUGGGGACUUUCUCGAACAGAUGAUCAAGGGUCCGGCCGAGUUUAGGUCCGUCUCAACAGUGAGCGGAAAAGAUAGUGGCAGUGUUUUCGAUGAGCCUGAGAUGAACAACCUCAUCUCCAGCAUCUUUGGAGACGAAAGCAUCUUCUUAAAAUGCAACGCUGGAGAAUGUCUGUAUCAGACCGAAGUUCCGGGUUACGAAAGACCCAUCAAGAAGAUCAACACUCCAUUGAUUGCAGGCGUCAUUGCUGGGUGUGCUCUGUUCGUUGUUGCCUUCGUCCUGAUCGUCUGGUAUCUUGCUCGAAGGGCAGAGAGGAAAAAAUGGGGCGCCAUUCACCUCUCCGAUGACGAGGAGGACGAAAAUGCAAAGCUGUUGGCGGACCACAAACCCGCAGCGUUGUCGUUUUCGAAUGUUUCUUACCAGCUCAAUGGCAAGCAGAUCCUUUCGGGGAUCACCGGUGCUGUGCACCCGGGUGAGUUGCUUGCCAUUAUGGGAGCCUCAGGGGCUGGUAAGACUACGUUCCUCGACAUUCUUGCUCGAAAGAACAAGGCUGGCCUUACCGGAGGAGACUUCUAUCUAAACGGAGAGAAGGUCCGCGACGAUGAGUUCAGGAAUGUUAUUGGAUUCGUGGACCAGGACGACACCAUGCUACCCACCCUUACUGUUCACGAGACUAUUCUCGACUCCGCCUUGCUAAGACUUCCGAAAGAAAUGAGCCGUGCAUCAAAAGAGCAAAAGGUAGAAGACGUUGAGCGACAACUCGGAAUCUACCACAUCCGCCAUCAGACCAUUGGCUCGGAGGAGAGUGGUCGCGGGAUUUCUGGAGGAGAGAAACGCCGCGUAGGUAUUGCCUGUGAGCUUGUCACAUCUCCUAGUAUUCUUUUUCUUGAUGAACCCACCAGUGGGUUGGAUGCAUUCAACGCCUUCAACGUCGUCGAAUGUCUUGUCAAUCUCGUCAAAAACUACAACAGGACGGUCGUCUUUACCAUUCACCAGCCGCGAUCCAAUAUUGUAGCACUUUUCGAUCAGCUCAUCCUUCUGGCAAAGGGGAGGACAGUCUAUUCUGGUGCGUUUGAAAGCUGUCAGGCAUACUUUGACAACAUUGGAUACACCUGUCCUCCAGGCUUCAACAUUGCGGACUAUCUCGUCGAUCUUACCAUGCACGCGAGCACCACCCGUCAGCGUAUUGACGAGGAUAGUUCGAUGUUCGACCGAGAUCCAUUGCGGACGAGCGCAAGCAGUGCGAUUGCGGUCAAGUCGAUCCCCAGCGUUUCUAACAUGAGCACGAACCAGGGAGUUACAGGCAGCCCUGGCACUUCUUCCAGUCUUCGUCCUAAGAACAAGCGGAGAACAUCCAUCCGACAGCAACAAGAGCGCGAACUUUUUACAAGGAAGAAGAGCUCAGCUCCUGCAGAUGGUACGGUGACCCCAAAAACUGACGAUGAAUUCUCCCCACAUGAUCGCCGAGAUGGCAGUAAUGCUCAGUGGCUAAAACUUUCCCGUCAACAAGGUCUACCACCUCCCCAGAUCAUGGAUGAUCCGGAUGAACUGCCUCCCCCCGCGGAUGGUGGGACUGGAACGAAUCUGGACACUCUUGUCUCCGCCUAUGCUACCUCAGAAGUUGCAGGUGCUCUCCACGAAGACAUCGACAAAGCUAUUACAAGCGCGAACGAAGCUAACGGUACUCCAAACGGUGGUGAAGCGAAUGGAUUCGUAGCAGCAGGGAAGUUGAAAGGCUUCAGGAAGGUCGGAUGGAUUGGCCAGUUCAUAAUUCUGUCCAAGCGAACCUGGCGGAACUUGUACCGAAACCCCAUGCUUAUGCUCACACACUACGCCAUCGCGAUUGUCCUCGCCGUUUUCCUAGGCUUCCUUUUCUAUGGUCUCACAGACGACAUCAAGGGUUUCCAAAACCGCCUCGGUCUAUUUUUCUUCGUCCUCGCCCUCUUUGGAUUCAGUACCUUGACCAUUCUCACAGUCUUUGCACCUGAGCGUCUUCUGUUCACCAGAGAACGUGCGAAGGGGUACUACUCGCCGAUCUCGUAUUUCGCGGCCAAGGUUAUCUUCGACAUCGUUCCCCUUCGCCUUAUUCCUCCAAUCAUUCUCGGCGUCAUUGUCUAUCCUAUGACCGGCCUCGUCCCAGCCUGGCACGAGUUCUUGAAGUUUAUUCUUUUCUUGGUCUUGUUCAAUCUGGCCGCCGCCGCCAUUUUCUUGUUCAUCGGCAUCGUGUUUAGGAAUAAUGGAGUGGCAAAUCUAAUUGGUGUCCUUGUGAUGCUGUUCAGCUUGCUAUUCUCGGGCUUCUUUUUGAAUAAGGAAAGCAUCCCGGCAGCCGCUAAGUGGCUUCAGUCGCUCUCCAUCUUCCACUACGCCUUCGAAGGCCUCAUCGUCAACGAAGUUCACUACCUCAGCCUCGUAGACCACAAGUACGGCCUCGACAUCGAAGUCCCCGGCUCCGCCAUCCUCAGUUCCUUCGGCUUCAACGUCUUAGCGCUAUGGAGAGAUUGCAUUGGUCUCGCCGCCUUCGGUGGCGCUUUUGUCAUCUUGGCGUAUCUCGCUAUGCAUCUACUCUUAGUGGAGAAGCGAUAAUAGAGGAGGAGGAAAGGUCAGUAUUUGCCCGUCUCGACAACCAAAUGCCGGUACGGGUUAUAUAGAUAUCGACUUUGCUCGAGGGCACACAAUCUAAGACUUGACUUCUUGGAUGCAUCCCCGUUCCAAAUCUUUUCCUUUGCCUGUUUUUGUACUAGCCGUGCUGUUUCUUGCCAAGGCUUCUCGAUUUCCUCUUUGGGUGAACACUCAGGCGCAUAUAUAUGUAUUAUUGCAUAGAUGGGCAUCGGCGCUCCUUUAUAGUCUUUAGACCUCUGUGGGUAGUUGUAGUAAAUAUACAUAUUAGC